CAUCCUCAGACACCAACCAGUCUAGAUCUUAUACAUUUUCUACAAGUUUCAACCAAACAACCAACCAACCAUCGAAUACGACACUCAAAAUGCGUGUCUCAGUCCUCAUCGCUCUUCUGCCAGCUUUGGCACUCGCCGCACCCGCACCACCAUCCAUUCGAGAUGUCGAGGGUGGCCAUCAAGCCUACCGUCGUGAACUCGAAAAGGGUGGCGGCCACCAAGCAUACAAGCGAGAGCAGGAGAAGGGUGGAGGUCACCAAGCCUACCGACGAGAGGAAGAGAAAGGUGGUGGCCACCAGGCUUACAAGCGCGAGGAAGAGAAGGGCGGUGGUCAUCAAGCCUACAAGCGUGAAGAGGAGAAGGGAGGCGGCCACCAAGCUUACCGCCGAGAGCUAGAAAAGGGAGGUGGCCACCAAGCCUACAAGCGUGAGGAAGAGAAGGGUGGCGGACAUCAAGCCUACAAGCGAGAUGAUGAGAAGCUAGGUGGUGGUCACCAGGCAUACCGUCGCGAGGAAGAGAAGGGAGGCGGCCACCAAGCUUACAAGCGCGAGGAAGAGAAGGGAGGUGGUCACCAAGCCUACCGCCGUGAACUCGAGAAGGGUGGCGGCCACCAGGCAUACUAGAAACCUGGCUGGAUUGUUAUAGACCAUGUAUCUUAGAAUCUAGACAACUCUCUUAUGUAUCUCGGUUGGUUGGUUGGUUGGAAGGAUGGCUCUUUUCAGUCUACUGGGUCAACCUUUUGGGGGAAGGGGAUGGGCAUUGGAUGAUAUGAGCCUGAUGGAAAUUGUUGUAUUUCAUAUCUGAGCCUUGAGUACCUGGCUCUUGGUACUUUUCGAGGAUUUUAGGAUUAGCCUGGUUCGAACUGGGUUUGGAAAAUGGACAUUCGUUUAAACAAUACUUUUUCUUGAAGCAUCGUGACUUUGAUUGAACUUUGCUGUAUUGACGAUAAUUAUCUCAAUUCAGACUUGAAC